AGCAACAAGAAAUUCAUAUCAAUUAAUAAUAAAAGGAGUUGGCAGACGUGCCUGGAAAACUGGCAUGGUUUUUGGAGGCUGGCAGAUGAGAGUUGAACGUCAGAUAUGACUCCAAAAGACUAUUGAGAUGAUCAUUAAGGGAGACUUAGAUCGGAUGGCAGCAGAGAUCGGGCAUGCAGGUAAGAUCCAGUGCCCUGUUUGGGUCUAUUCUCCAGCUCUAAGGAACAUUUACCAGGAAUGAUCCUUCAGUCCUUUCUCAGCCUGGAUGUGCGUCCUUUUAUUUGUAUCGCCUACUUUAAGACGUUUUAAUAGGAUAUCCUCGCGUUGCACUAACUUCAUAGGCUGCUGAAAGUGUUGUGAUGGAAUUGACAAUAUCGUUUUAAAUUGCCUGAAAAACCAACUCCUAAUAUAAGGUGGCAGUCUGAAGACGAUGCUGGACGCCAUGGAAGUUCCAAGUCACGCUAGGCACCUCCUCCUGCAGCUCAACAGCCAGCGCACCAAGGGCUUCCUCUGCGAUGUCAUCAUCGUGGUGCAGAACGCUCUCUUCCGAGCCCACAAGAACAUCCUGGCCGCCAGCAGCCUCUAUCUCAAGUCCCUGGUCGUCCACGACAACCUCAUCAACCUGGACCACGAGAUGGUGAGCCCGGGGGUCUUUCGCGUCGUCCUGGACUACAUCUACACGGGCCGUCUCUGCGACGGGGACCCCGCCUCCCCGGCCGAGCCCAACCUGGCCGCCGUGCUGGCCGCCGCCAGCUACCUUCAGCUGCUGGACCUGGUGGCGCUGUGCAAGAAGAAACUCAAGAGGAACGGCAAGUACCCCCCGCGCCAGGCCCCCAUCUUCCCGUACGGGAAGAUAGGGCCCGUCGGCAUGGGGGGCAUGGGGGGCAUGGGGGGCAUGGGGGGCAUGGGGGGCGCUGCCCGGUACCGGGUCUCCACCCCGGUCAUCCAGCCCUGCCCCCCCGGCGGGGCGGUGAACAGCCACACCCCCCGCCCCCCUCCCCUGGAGGACAUGGUCCCCCGCCCGCUGGCCGUCCACGCCGGGGAGCUGUACGCGCCCUCCUCCACCCAGGGGUCCCCCGUGUUCCCCGCCCUGCUGCCCUCGCAGCUCGGCCUGCGCUCGGCGCACCCGGACAGGAACCGCUCGCCCGUCUUCGGCCUGGACCUCUCCAAGAAGAGCCCCAGCUCCCAGUCCCAGCACGCCCCGUCGCAGUCACACCUGGCCAGCGCCCCGCCCCACGGCGAGGAGCGGGAGGGCGCCCGCAGCACACGGACCAGCCCCACGCCGGGCGCCAACGGCCGGCCGUACUCGCUGGAGAAGAUGGAGACGGCGGACCAGACGGGCUCCGUCCCCCCUCCGCCCUUCCCCCACCACAACCAGCCCCUCGGCCCGCACCUCCCCCACCUCCACCGCUCCGUCUCCCAGGGCACGGACCCCUACCCGUGCCCCCCCAGCCCGGACACGCCCACCGACGCCGGAGAGCGAGCCCGGGAGAUGGGCAACAUCUACCGCUGGGUGAAGAACGAGCCGCUGAUGUACACGGGCGAGGAGGACGAGGAGGACGAAGACGACGAGGAGGGCGGCGGGCACGGCGACCCGGACGGCCACCACCACCACCAGCACCUCAACCACCUGAAGGGCGGCGGCGAGGAGAGCGAGGGGGCCGACGACAAGAGCGGCUCGGGCAGCGAGGAGACGGGCAGCAGCGAGGGCCGCCCCUCCCCGACGGGGAACAUGAGGCGCUUCCACAUGCCCUACGAGCCCGAGAGCUUCGGGGACAACCUCUACGUCUGCAUCCCCUGCGACAAGGGCUUCCCCAGCUCAGAGCAGCUCAACGCGCACGUGGAGACGCACACGGAGGAGGAGCUGUACGGCAACUCCGGCAUGGACACGGGCAACGGCAACAGCAACUGCAAGAGCGGCGGCGGCGGCGGCACAACCAACGGCUACGGCGGCCUGAGCAGCGGCGGCGGCGGUCUGAACAGCCUGUCCCACCUGGAGGGCAAGGCCAGCGGGGGCGGCGGGCUGGGCGAGAUGAUACGGCCGUACCGCUGCUCCAACUGUGACAAAUCGUACAAAGACCCGGCCACGCUGCGGCAGCACGAGAAGACCCACUGGCUCACCCGGCCGUACCCCUGCAGCAUCUGCGGCAAGAAGUUCACCCAGCGCGGCACCAUGACGCGGCACAUGCGCAGCCACCUGGGCCUGAAGCCGUUCGCCUGCGACGCCUGCGGCAUGCGCUUCACCCGGCAGUACCGCCUCACCGAGCACAUGCGCAUCCACUCCGGGGAGAAGCCGUACGAGUGCCAGGUGUGCGGCGGCAAGUUUGCGCAGCAGCGCAACCUCAUCAGCCACAUGAAGAUGCACAGCAGCGGGGGCGGCGGCGGCGGCGGCGGGCUCACUGCGGACGGCAAGCUGAAGCUGGAGUUCACCGAGGGCAUCUACCCGCUGAGCAAGUACACGGCCGAGCACCUGGGGCUGAAGCAGGAGAAGGCCAACGAGCUGCUGAUCCAAGCCCAGCAGCAGCUGGGCUUGGAUGCCAAAGUCAUGGAGAGCCUUUACCCCCUGUCCAAACUCGCCGCGGAGCACCUGGGUCUGACCCACGACAAGAUGGACGUCCUGGGGCAGCCCCUUCUCCCCCCGCAGUCGCUGUCCGAGGGCCGAACCAUCGACCGCUACUCGCCGGGCUAAGAGCGGCGUUCUGUGAGUGACAGCCACUUGUCGACGUCUCUCUCUGUGUGCACCGUUUAUCCUGCAGUAUUCAAAUGACAGUUCACCUCAGUAACUCAGUAACACUCCUGCACCUCAGAACGGGACCGAGGUAUGUGGGUCCUGUGAACCGUGUAGUCUCUCUUCAGUGCCUUCCACCACAUCCUUGAGUUAUGUAUCUCAGCGGCCCUUUGAGUUGGGGAGUAACACACUCUUUUGUGACCAAAACAAGACUUGCUCGAAGCAGUGCAGUAUUUAUGUGCAGUUUAUGCAAACAUUUCUUUUUUUUUCUUUUUCUACUCCAGCCAAUGAGCCAAAGCAACAAAUUGAAAAUCCAAAUGAAUUUGCUUUUUAUUUAUUAUUCCAAAGUUGUGAAAUCCAAAGAGGACAGUUCUGUUGCAACCCACAAACCCCUAAACCUGUGUACUUUGUAACUGUCGUAUAUAAACCAAAAAAUGGGAAAGAAGCACAAAAAAAGGAUUCAGGGUCGCAGUCAGGACCUGAGCGCAACUUUGGAACCGAAGAAAAAGACUGCAAAGCAACAGGAGGACUUGUUCUUUUUCUUCUGGUUUCUCGA